CCCAUUACGGUAAUUGAACGCCGAACAAAUUGUCACACGGCAAAACGGGUUAGAGUCGGGUCUCCACCAGGUUGGUGAUCAGCAGCAAUGGAAGAAGACGACGAUGGAAGGAGAGAAGCUGCGAUAGCAUCAGUACCAUCUCUACAACCCAAUUUUACCUCUAAAAAGGGUCUUAACCCUGCUCAAAUUUCCAAGUUUCAAGAGUUGCACCGAAGACGCUUAAAAAUAAAAGCAAGAUCAAAGGUCAAGGAUAAAUCAAAAGGAACUCUUGCUGAGGUGGGAAAGUAUCAUGGUAAAGAUGUCAAUGCCAAAUGUAAGGAGGCAAUGGGUGAAAAAUCAAUUAAAAUAGUUGAAGAUUCUAGAAUUACAUUGCCCAUAAGUAGUCUGACGGACCUUUCAUCCUCACAAGAAGACAAUUUAGUAGGACAUUCACUGUCAAAAAAGCGGCAGAAGUUGCAUUGGGGGUAUGAUCUUUCAAAAUGUUUGCUAUUGUUAGAGCAAACAAUUGGAUUUAAUGCCAUAGCAAAUUUAACAGUAUGGUACCAUAAGUGUGGCAUUUUGGCUUGAUACCAAGGAGAGAUGGGAAAGGAAAUCCAAUAUGUAGAGAUAUCAGCUUCUGGAGUUUGCAAUGCUGCUGCCAUGUUAGAUUGCUCCAAAAUCCAUUGGAGGCAGCGUCUUUGAUCUACGGGUCAAAUAUAAUAGAUAUAUAUUAUGAAUUAAGAUGAUUUCUGACUAAAUUAUCUCCCUUGUAAACCCAAGCUUUGAAGUGUCAAGAUGUAUAUUGAUCUCUAGGUUUAUGAGGAAAUGGGAAUUAAGCCUCGGCUUAGGUGUAGAUCAACCAAUUUCUGCUAAA